AUGGCGCCUAUUGUUGUUGAUGUUGAUUUCAAUGACCGUCGAGCAUGGGACGAUAGUGCCCUGGUUAGCUCGUGGGAGGGCGCUCUUGCUGAGUACAAGAGAUAUCACAGCGUACAUCUAGAAGGGAAACGAGUCGAAGAUGUACUUAGCCCAGAAGAGUUGAUAGAGUUGAGGAGGGAGCUGGGUCACGAGGAUGAGGAGAUCGAGGUGGACAAGAAGCCCAAAAAGAAGAAAGCCAAAAAGCCGAAAGCUUCUGGAAAUGACCAUCCAAUGGCAGACGAGAGCGCUGUUCCCGAGGAGAUGAACGGAACCGAGAUGGAGGACCAGGUGGGAUUUGAUAUACCUGCAGCGCAGUCUCAGGCAUUGGCUAACUCCAAAGAGCCAACUACAUCCGGCCAGCAGCAGCCUCAGGAAUCAGCUGAUUCUGCUGCACCAUUGCAGAAUACUGCUGCAUCCGCUGCAUUGCCGCAGGUCCUUCUAGCUACUGUCCAAGACGAGAACAUGAAGAAUAUCAUGAUGGCUUGGUACUAUGCUGGAUACUACACCGGCCUGCACGAAGGGCAGCAGAAGACUGUGGAACAGAAAAAGUCUUGA